AUGUCGAAAGCUUCCGGAUCAGAAGAUGAACCUCUGGUACCAGAUGACUUCGAUGAUGACUUUUACAAGGAACUAUGCGACAAAAUCCCUGAGGCCACCAAAGCUCUGCGGCAAAAGGAUACUCCCAACAAUGCGGAUAAUGUCCAGAGGCUGCUCAUCUGCGGCAGUCGCUAUAAAAGCGAUCUCAGACUUGAGAAGGAACGCUCCCAGGAACUGCGAAAGGAGAUUGAAAGCCUCGAAGAGCGCUUGGAAAAUGCGGCUCGGGUUACCAAAUUGGACAUGGCCACCAUUGAGGAGCUACGUGGAGUAAUAGAGGGUGCCUGGAAGCAGAAGGAUGCUGCUCAGAUUCGUGAGCAAUCCGCUCAGGACGAGGUCCUAAGUCUGCGCGAAAAACUGGAUGAGUCAGAGCAGAUGGUCGCCCAUCUAAAUGAGAAACGGCUGGCCAUGAGCAAGCGGGACGAUGGCAAGGAACGGGAGCGACUCAACGCCGAGAUUGCAGAUCUCAACAAGCGAUUGCAUUUGCAACGGACCUACGCCACGGAACUGGACCACACCAUCGAAGGAUUGGAGGCUAAAAACAAGGAACUGCUCAAGCUACUGGAUGAAACUUCCAGCGAUGCCUGCAACUUGAAACGAAAAAGUGAUGCCUUGACCAAGGAACUUUCUACGAUGAAGACCGAGGAGUCCCGCUACCAGGAGCAAAUAUCCCAGAUGAAGUCCGCUAACGAGCACUUGACCAAGGUGAAAGUGCGCCAGAACCUGCAAAUUCUGUCCCUCAAGACGAACCUGGAACAUCUAAAUACCCAGCACAAUGCGGCCAACAACAAGCUGGCCAAGAUCACGGUGGACUUGGAGUACACGGUGCAGGAAAGGGAUAAGAACAAGCGUGCUCUGAAUCAGCGCAUCAAUCUACUGAAGGUGCGCGAGGAUGAAUUGAUUAAGGUGCGCCAGGACAAUGGGAAGCUGGCCAAGUCCCAGGAGGCGAUUGCUCGGAAAUAUGCGGUAUUAGACGAGGCCAAACGGGAAGUGGAAACGCUGAACAUAAGGCUCAGAACCCAGCUGGGCACCCAAGACAAGGAGCUGGAGUCGAUGCGCCGGGUGGUCCAUCACUUCGAGAAGAACAACGAAAACUUGACCAAAGAGCGGGAUUCCCUAAGGCGGGAACUGCAGGCGGAGCACCAUCAGCUCGAGCAGAGCAAUGCACAGCACCAAGAGGCGCAGCACGAGGUGCGAGCUCUUAAGGACACCAUCACCACGAUGGACACAAAGCUGAAGAAGCUCAACGAGGACGCCAACAAGCUCAAGAAGGAGAAGACCAAAAAGCUGGACGAGAUUCAGCACUGGAUAGACAAAUUGGAUGCUUUGCAGAAUGAGAUGCACUUGAAGGAGAACUACGAGAUCGAACUGAAGCGCACCAUCAGCGACUUGGAAGCCAAGUGCUCCAAGUUCCAGCAACAGCAUGAUGGUCUUGCCGCUGAGCGCCAAACUCUUCAGCGGAGUGUCCAGUUGGCCGAUGAGGAGCGGCAAAAGCUUCGCGAUCAGCUGGUGAAUCUGCAGGCGCACGUCGAGAAACUAAAGGCCAAGAUCGGUUACAGGGAUGGCGAGAUCUCCAGACUUCAGUUGCAGAUCGAUCGCAUGGAGAAGGAGCGCCGACUGCUACGCAACGAAAUCCGGCAUGCCCAGCUUGGUCAGCAGCACACCAAGGCUGAACUGCUGGACAAGCGGAAGGAGAACGAUCGGCACGCCAAGUCGCUGCAAGAGGACGAGCAGAAGCUGGCGCGCCUGCGCAAGGAUGUGGACAACCUGAUGAACGAGAAGAAUGCGAUUAGUGCGGCGCUGACCAAACGCAACGAGGAGUUCGAUCGACUCAAGCACAGCCAGGAGAACCUGCAAACGGUGUACGAUCAGACCCAGAGGCAGUGCAGCCAGUAUCAGGAUGAUAUGCGUCUAAUGGGCGUGGAGAUAAAGAAUCUGCGUACGGAAAGGGAUGUCCUGCGCGCGGAUAGAGAGAGUGCAGCGGAUCUGCGCCAGGAACUGUUACAAAUGCAUCGCAUGCUCAACCAGGAACGAAUCAAGGCGCGUGCCCUGCAGGACGAGAUGGUUACGCCGAUGAAUGUGCAUCGGUGGCGUCUCCUGAGCGGCAAGGAUCCAGAAAAAAUGGACCUGCUCGGACGCAUUAGCAUCCUCCGAAAGCAGUUGCUCCAGCAGAACGUUGCCGCCUCGGAGCAGGAACGGGCCCUCAAUGAAGCCCAACAGCUCUAUGCGGCCUUGAGGGAGUUCAUGCUCAAGCUGCCCAGCCAUAAAGUGCGGGCGGAGCUCAACAGCGUUAAGGCUAACCUAUCCGCCAAGGAUCGCAAACUGAAGGUCCUAAAGGCCGAGCUCAGUGCCCGCGAGGCAGACGAGAAGUCCAAAAAGGAGAAGCUUGAAGAGAUGCGGGUGAGUUUGGCUCUAACCAAGACCCAACUGCUAGAGGAGAAGAAGCACAAGCAGAAGUUACUUGAGGAGCGACAGUUGCUGGAGCAGAUGCAUUGCUACUCCGCGCCCGCCCAACUGCCUAGGACUCUGGGUGCGGGUUUCAAGAUGGUCAGUAGUCUACUCUAA